ACCCCCAAGGCCGACCUGUGCUCCAAGCUGGGCAUGGACCUGAAGCGGACGCUGCUGCUGCGGCUGGCCCGGCGGGACCCCAGGCUGCACCCCGAGGACCCCGCCAGGAGGGAGGCCAUCUAUGAGAAGUACAAGGAAUUUGUGAUCCCAGAAGAGGAGGCUGAAUGGGUUGGCUUGAGUUUAGAAGAAGCAAUAGAAAAACAGAGGCUCCUAGAAAAAAAGGACCCCGUCCCACUCUUUAAGGUGUAUGCAGAAGAGCUCGUCAACCAGCUGAAAGAGCAAGAACUGCAGAAGCAGUAG